AGUUAGGUUCAGUUCAUCGUUAUCAACUGCACGAAGAAGCAGAAUUUGCUUUCUGCUACCACUUUCCCUUCCCAACUCAACCCAAUUCCUCCUUCAUUUUCUUAGUACCCUUCAUUUAAUAAUUUUUCGUCCUCUACUCCUCUUACACCCUGUUUGUCUGCCAUUCUCUAACACAUCCUAGCUACUCCCAAAUAUGUUAUUUUUCCUACUAAUUCUCUAACUCCCCCAAGCACCACCAAUAACUGAUCCAAAGAUUUGGUGAACAGAAACAAGUUGUAUUGUAGUUGUUGACCAUAUCCUUUCACCUCUUUCUCUCUUCUCCUCCAUCCUAGCUCUUUUUCUACACCAUGAACUUGUAGUUGCCAAUAUGUUGUUGUAUCACCUCAGGGAAUCAUGAACCUUAACUCCAAUAAUCUCCAUUUGUGGUGGAGAGUCUCUUCCUUCCUUCUUCUACUGCUUCAAUCUGCCGCAGCUCUUAACUCUGAUGGGGUUCUCUUGCUUAAAUUCAAAUACUCCAUCCUCAGUGACCCGCUUUCAGUUUUAGAGAGCUGGAACUAUGAUGAUGCAACUCCAUGUUCAUGGGUUGGAGUCACAUGCACUGAAAUUGGAGCACCUGGCACCCCUGAUUUGUUCAGAGUAACUAGCUUGGUCCUUCCAAAUAGCCAGCUUUUGGGUUCCAUUGCUGAAGCCUUAGGCAUGAUCCAGUACCUUCGACACAUCGAUCUCUCCAACAACUUCCUCAAUGGGUCUCUACCCAACUCUGUCUUCAACUCUUCGCAGCUUCAAGUUCUUUCUCUCUCAAACAAUGUCAUCUCAGGAGAGCUACCUGACUUGGUUGGUAAAAUGACAAGGCUUCAAAUUCUCAACCUUUCUGACAAUGCCUUUGCUGGGUUGAUCCCAGAAAAUCUCACUGCUUUACAAAACUUAGCCGUUGUUUCUUUGAAAAGUAACUAUUUUUCUGGUAGUGUCCCAAGUGGGUUCAACUAUGUGGAGAAUUUGGAUCUGUCCUCCAAUUUGCUCAAUGGUUCUCUUCCAAAUGACUUUGGUGGUGAAAACUUGCGCUACUUGAACCUCUCUUAUAACAAGAUUUCAGGAACAAUACCACCAACAUUUGCCAAACAGAUUCCUGAAAACACCACAAUUGACCUCUCCUUCAACAAUCUGGCAGGCCCAAUACCAGGGUCCGGGGCUUUGCUCAACCAGAAAACUGAGUUCCUAUCAGGAAAUGCUGAUCUUUGCGGUAAGCCUCUAAAGAUUCUAUGCACUGUCCCCUCUACUAUGUCCACUCCUCCACCCAAUGUCACCGAUUCUUCACCAGCAAUUGCAGCCAUACCCAAAACAAUUGACUCAAACCCUUCAACAAACACCACAGGAAGCUCAAACGGUUCUCAGAAUGUGUCAGCAAGUGGCCUAAAACCCGCUACCAUAGCAGGAAUUGUGGUAGGAGACUUGGCUGGCAUGGCCCUUUUGGCCCUCAUCAUUCUCUUCGUCUACCAACAGAGAAAGAAAAGAGAUCCAAAAACGAGCACUGAUGCGGUUACUAUUAUCACCAACUCAGAAAAGGAGGAAAGCGUGGCAAAACAAGAAGCAGAAGCGAGAACAGUUACACACUCUCUUCCAUGUUCUUGCUUAACAAUCAAAGAGGAAGAAACUUCAGAAGCAACAACCUCUGAUAGUGACCAUGAGAACAAUACUGCAGUGGACAUAAUCACAGCACAAAACGGGAACCUUCCAAGAGAAGGCACUCUUGUUACGGUCGACGGGGAAACAAGGCUUGAGCUUGAGACUUUGCUUAAGGCUUCAGCGUAUAUUUUGGGAAAUAGCCGAGUAAGCAUCGUGUACAAAGCAGUGCUCGAAGAUGGAAGAACAUUUGCUGUUAGAAGGAUUGGUGAGUGUGUGAUUGAGAGAAUGAAGGACUUUGAGAACCAAGUGCGUGCCAUUGCAAAGCUUCGCCAUCAAAACUUGCUUAAGGUUCGUGCCUUUUGCUGGGGUCAAGAAGAAAAACUUGUAAUCUGUGACUAUGUUCCCAAUGGCAGCCUCGCUACCGUCGGUUACAGAAGAACGGGUUCGUCUCCUAUGAACUUGUCCUUGGAGAUGCGGUUGAAGAUUGCAAAAGGGGUAGCACGAGGCUUGGCCUUCAUUCAUGAGAAGAAACACGUGCAUGGCAAUGUUAAACCGAGCAACAUCUUGUUAAACUCAGAAAUGGAACCCAUAAUCAGCGAUUUUGGGUUGGACCGGCUUCUCUUGAAUGAUAUUAACCACGGUUCAGCUAGGCAAUUAAUGGUGAACCAAAGAACCCAACAAGACCCUCCUCCAUUUGGUUCAUCGUCGUCUAGUAGUGUGACCCAAAUGCCCUAUCAAGCACCAGAGUCAUUUCAGAACAUGAAACCAAACCCCAAAUGGGACGUGUAUUCUUUUGGGGUGGUCUUGUUGGAGCUUCUCAGUGGGAGGGUUUUCUCGGACCGGGAAUGGGAGCAGUGGCAUGAACCCGGUUCAGUGGAAGAUGAGAAAAACAGGGUUUUAAGGAUGGCUGACGUGGCAAUAAGGUGUGAGAUGGAAGGGAGGGAAAAUGUGAUAAUGGUAUGCUUCAAGUUAGGACUUAGCUGUGCCUCUCUUGUCCCACAAAAGAGACCGUCCAUGAAAGAGGUUUUACAAGUCUUAGAGAAGAUACCUUCUGCUUCCGCUAAUUAAUUCUUCAACAUAAACAUAAUGAUGAUGAUGUAUCUUGCAACCCGUUUUUAGGUCAUGCUGAUUGGCCUUUUCCAUCUGUUGUUGACUUGAAUUAGCAUGGAAUGAGGAAAAGAUUAGGGAGAAGUGUUAGUUUAUGCGAGGUAACAAUGAUUGUAACUUUGACUAAAUCGAAUCGAAUCCUUGUCUCUAUAAUUAAGGUGAUUUUAGUGGAGACCAUAGGCAUGGGCAUACAUUGCCGAUGUUGCUGACUAUUAAGCUUCCGCAAGAGGCGAUGAAUGUUUAUUCGUACAUGUGAAUGAUGUGAGGAUGAGUGCUUAAUUUAGGCUCCACAAAAUUUUGGGCUGUGUGGAUCUAAAGUUUUUGGUAUAAUAAUGUGCACUCCAUGAUUG